AUGGCCGCUUUUAAUGGCAUUGAAAAUGGUCGCACGCGAAGAUCCAAUGAUGACCAAAUGCCGGUGGGCGGUGGAUGGUGGGUGGUGGAUGGACCCUGUGUGCGCAUAUAUAUUUAUUCCAUGUACAUAUUCCUGCAUGGCGCAAAGGAGGAGGAGGAGGAGCAGAGGUUCGAGGAUACAGGACAAAGGGCGACUGCUGGCGUUUAUUGUCCUGCGGAUGGCGGAGCUCUGAAGCUCCGGAGAAACGUGGCAGGGCAAGUGACCCAGAAAUUACAAGUUGCCAGCGCAUAA